CUUCCAACUUCCAAAAUGUACUCGUUCGGCUAUUGGAAGCGAACCAGGUAUAUGCAAUACCUAUCAGUGUUUAUUGCCUCACUGGUUUCUUCGUCCGGUUCCAUGCACUUGUCUUGGUCUUCUCCAGUAAUACCUCAGUUAACAUUUUUUUCUUCAGCGGAGAUCUCGUGGAUUGUGUCAUUUGUAUCCUUGGGAUCAAUACCAGGAUCGAUACUUGGAGGGUUGCUAUUGAAUAAGAUCGGCAGGAAGAAAACCAUUCUGUUGACUACCGUUUUUCUCUUUUUGCCGUGGGUUGCUAUAGCACUAUCCACUGACGCGGUCGUUUUUAUGAUCGCGCGUUUUUUGGGAGGAAUUGGGAUGGCUUUCGCGUCCAUUACUGUUCCGGUGUACAUCGGUGAAAUAGCCGACAAGGAUAUUAGGGGAAGGCUGGCAUUGGUUUAUACACUUUUGGCGACGUCUGGAACUGUGCUCACGUUAUCUGUGGGACCCUAUAUAUCGUAUAAGUGGUUAAGCGUGUUAGGGGCCGCUGUUCCGCUAGUUUGUGCCCUGGCGCUGUUGCCAUUUCCCGAGUCGCCCUACUACCUGCUUCAAGUAGACAAGAGAGUGGCCGCGCGGGAAAGUUUAACUCGAUUAGCUGCAAAAACCGAAAAUUGCGAAGCCAUCGAGAACCGUUUUUUACAAAUUGAGAAAAUAAUAGCGGAUCAAAAUAGAGGGCGAAAAUCUAUAAAAGAUAUUAUAUGGAAUAAGGAUUUCAGAAAAUCCUUAUUAAUAGUACUUGGUUUAAAAACGAUUCAGCAGUUAAGUGGAUUGUACGGUAUAAAAGCCUACAUGGAAACUAUUAUGCAGCUAAGUCAGACGGAUAUAUCACCUCAACUAUCCAGUGUCAUUUUUGGAUCGUCGCAAAUACCUUCCGUGCUAAUUUCCGCGUUAUUGAUCGAUAAACUGGGCCGAAAGCCACUAAUGAUCGUAUCGACGAUAGGAUGCGCGAUAGGCCUCAUCUGCGAAGGAGUAUAUUUUUAUUUGGAUUAUUUGGGGAACAUCGACCUAUCGUCUGUCAACUGGUUACCCACAUUUGGCUUAACACUGUUCCACAUUAUGGUCUCAUUUGGUGUAAGCUCUUUGCCUUACGUACUGUACGGUGAAAUGUUCAUCACAAGUGCAAAAGGAGUAGCUGGAACCAUAUUACACAUGUACAGUGGAUGUCUUACGUUUGUUGUCAUGAAGUCAUUUGGUCCCGCUGUAGAGGCGCUUGGGAUUUACGUCGUGUUUUGGAUGUUUGCCGGCGUGUGCCUUCUGGGAACUCUCUUUGGUAUUUUCGUAUUGCCCGAAACAAAAGGAAAAGCACUUAGUGAAAUUCAAGAUUUAAUAAACAAGUGAUACAAAAUGAAUAGAUCCAAAUUAUAAAUAUGACACAAAAAUAACGUAGGAUAUGUAUUCGUCUUCAUCAUGAAAAGUAUUCAUAUAAAACUUUUACAUAAAA